AUGCAUUCUGAAACGAUAUUAUGCACUCAGGUUGUUCAAGAGAUAUUCGGUCCAGCGUAUACUGCUCAAAUAACGAUAAAUUUCAUAGCACUUAUGACGAUUAUGAUGCAGAUGAUGGCAAGUGAGCGGACAUUAAUCAAUGCCUUAGGUAUAGUGAGCACGGCCUCUGCAGUACUGGGCACAACCGGUGUACUCAUGUGUAGUGCUGGCGACAUAACUAUUGAACGACCAGUUGUACUCAAAGCUUACAAUAUUAUAGAAUUAUCAUACGCAUCAUUCUUAUCCGUAAGUAUACCUUUGUACUAA